CAUCACACUUGCAAGUGUCUUCUGUUGACAUGACAGAUUCUCCUUCUAGUUCACACAAUGUUCAAAAGGCACAGGUCCCUUACUUCGGAACGCAAGAGAGAAAUAUUUUCCCAAGGAAUUACCCGGUCCAUGAUGAGGAAUGACUUGAGAAACUUUCACUGUUUGUCGCAACUUGUGCUCUCAGCAGGCCCUCUAAAAUCAGCUCCAGUAUCUAAACAUUCAAAAACUGUGCACUUUGAGAUUGAAAUACUUGAUGCUCAAACAAGAAAGCAGAUAUGUAUUGUGGAUAAGGUGGUGCAAACAUCUACUAUUCACGAUGUUAAACAAAAAUUCCACAAAGAAUGCCCAAAAUGGUAUCCUUCCCAAGUUGGCCUUCAGCUAGAACAAGGUGGGCCUUUUUUGAAGGACUACAUAACCAUUCAAAGCAUCGCAGCUUCCUCCAUUGUCACUCUUUAUUUUACAGACCUAGGUCAACAGGUCAGUUGGACUACAGUAUUUUUGGCUGAAUACACAGGACCUCUGCUGAUAUAUCUCCUCUUUUAUUUGAGGAUCCCAUACAUAUAUGACAUGAAAGAGAGCUCCAGAAGAUUACGCCAUCCAGUGGUACACUUGGCUUGCUUCUGUCAUUGUAUACACUAUAUCCGUUAUCUUUUGGAAACCUUAUUUGUCCAUAAAGUUUCUGCAGGACAUACGCCUUUGAAAAAUUUGAUAAAGGGCUGUGCCUUUUAUUGGGGAUUUACUUCUUGGAUUGCCUACUACAUUAAUCACCCACAGUAUACACCACCGUCGUUUGGAAACCGGCAAGUCGCAGUAUCUGCUAUCAAUUUUUUGAUUUGUGAAGCUGGAAAUCAUUUCAUCAAUGUAAUCUUGGCUCAUCCCAAUCAUACAGGAAUUAAUGCAUGUUUUCCAAGUCCAAAUUAUAACCCCUUCACAUGGAUGUUUUUCCUGGUGUCAUGUCCUAACUACACCUAUGAGAUUGGAUCAUGGAUUAGUUUCACAAUCAUGACACAAACUCUGCCAGUUGGGAUUUUUACACUUCUGAUGAGUAUCCAGAUGUCUCUGUGGGCACAAAAGAAACAUAAGAUUUAUUUGAAGAAAUUCAAUUCUUAUAUGCAUAGAAAAUCAGCAAUGAUUCCAUUCAUACUGUAGGAAAAGUGUAUAGAAGAACAGUAUAUAAUCUCAAUAAAUCAGACAUGGGCAAUUGUUGACUAUAAUUAACAGAAUUUCAAAAACUACAGUACUUUUACUGAGGGGUGCCUGGGUGGCUCAGUGGGUUAAGCCUCUGCCUUCGGCUCAGGUCACGAUUUCAGGGUCCUGGG